CAAUGCCUACAAGUAUGAAUCAAAUGAUCAUCGGAGUUCCGGCAAGAACAUCAUUCGAGAAAUUUGUUAAGGUUGAAGAUGGUAAGUAUUCAGGUAUGAAGAACUAUGGUGGUUUCUGCAUUGAACUUUUCUAUAAAGUUCUAAGUGUUCUUGAUUAUGCUUUGCCUUUUCAAUUUGAUCCCCACGAUGGCACAUAUGAUGAACUGGUUCACAAAGUCUACAAUAAGACUUACGAUGCAGCCGUCGGCGACAUAACUAUACUAGCAAGAAGAACAGAUUACGUUGAAAUUACACAGCCAUAUGCAGUAUCUGGGCUAUCAAUGAUAGUUCCGGUGAAGCCAGAGGACUCGGCAUGGAUGUUCCUCAAGCCUUUCACCACAGAAAUGUGGUUGGUUACUGGUGCAAUCUUAAUGUACACAAUGUUCAUAGUUUGGUUCUUGGAACACCAGUCAAAUCCCGAAUUUAAAGGACCAUGGAACAAUCAGAUUGGCACAGCACUUUGGUUCACUUUCUCCUACCUUUUCUUUGGUCACAGUAAGUUCCACUGCAACAGCCUUUUUUAGUAUUUAUGGGGCUAAAACAAAUCA